AUGCAUACGAGAGAAAAAAAGCAAGGCCUUCCAACUAGGAGAAACACUUCUCUAAAAUGGCAGAAGACUGGUGAAAUGUUGCAGUCAGAGAGAGGUUUAACUUACAUCCAGAAUCAGGAAAGGCUAUCAAGUGAGACCAACAAUUCACUGGAAUU